AAGACAACCAACCACACUGAAGUUACUUACUAGGGCCCCCGAGAGUUGAACUGGACAAAUUCAUCGCCAGCAGCACACCUCGCAAUAAUGGGCCGGCUACCACCAUCACCGCCUUCAGAGCCCCAAUCGCCUGGAGGGCAGUUACAUUCGGCAGAACCUGUUCCUCUUGAUUCGGCAAUACGCACGACCCCAAUUCACCAUCUUUUACCCGACAUUCGUGUCCCUUCUGACCCUCUCCCUGCGCAUCGUUACCACCCAAUCACCUGCACUCCGCUUGACGCUGUCGAAAUUCGCGCGCAGUUGCAGUCAUUGCGAAAGGAGUAUCCGACUUCCGUAGCUGCUGUCAAGGGCCAGGAAGAAAUGGCGAAAGAGGUGAAAAGGCGGAUGAAGGAGGCAGAGGAGAAGAGAGAGAAUUUACAGAGGCUUAUGAAGAGGAAGACAGAAGAGAGGGACACGGAGCGGAGAGUGUUUGAGAAGAUCAAGAAGGAAAGAGAGCGCAAAACUUAACUGGUCUUUUUGACUUCAAUUGUCGGAGAAUGGAUGGACAAGAUCGAGCCUCACUAUACCGAAGGGGGGAUGCGCCAGUUACAAUUCCGGUAUAGGUGAUACCCAGGAGAUGUUGCAUCUUCGCGCCUCCGAGUGGUGAAUAUUUUAUCCAACGGCGCUCGCGAAGUACAUCAAACUGAUGGUUGUAUCGAGUUACAUGCAUCAGUAUACCCGGAACCCGACAUCGUUUGACGGCGCACGGAUACAACUCUCAGCCCAUCUCUCAAUCUACAAAAUUGGCCUAUAAGAGAGAUUUCAAUACACGCUUACGCGCUUCUUCAUGGGCUAGUUGAAAAAGUUUCAGUCCGUAAAUCGGAUCGAACAUUCAUAGGUUUUUGCAAAAAGUCAAAAUAACAAAAAAAAAGGUUGCUUUCGGAGGGAUGGAGUAAUGCAACAAUCGAGCAAGGUGGGAAAUAACGAUCAAUGGGGCAGAUGGUGCAGGCGAAUUGUUACAUUGACAAACCAGCCUUACGGGAUUGGGGAUAAAUUUCCUGUCGGAAUUAAGACCCGUCAAGUCACAUAUUCAAUUCCUUAAAUAUUUUGCGCGAGUGUCUAAACUAUAUUAAACGUGUAUUUCGCUAGGCACAAGCUGCUCGUGGGUAUCAUCAUCUAACAGUAGUAGCAGCAGAUAUAUGCGAUAUCAAACUGGCCUUCGCACAACCUCCUCAUCCCGGACCUAUGCAAAGUGUUCAAGCCAUCCCGAAUUUUCUGAUCAUUCUGGACCGGCAAUGGGGAUUUUACGAGCACAUAGACGCUUGAUAUUCGGCCUUUAUGAUUUCUCGCACGGUUCCGUGAACCCCGUUUCUCGUCACUUGUCGAUUCUAUUCAAUGAUAGGCUUAAAGCCCAAGUGAUUUGAACAAAGCAUCGACAGUAUCAAGCAGCUAUUUCGAUGAGUCAGCGAUAAGGACCCCGGGUAUAUAUGUUCAUAUGUGUGGGUGGGCUGGGAAGGGAUAGGGCGAUGAUGCACCUACUUUGCUAGCUUUCUUGAUCAAAUUCUUGGUCGGAUUAACGAAAUCAGGAGCCAAAAGCUUGCUUCCAUCGUCUAGGAGGCCGCUGACUUUCUUCAAGAGCGCAGGAGUGGUUGCGGGUCCAGCUGUCAUGAGAAGGUUCUUUGUAACCUUUGUUGAUUUACCGUCUAGCAAAUCGUCGACAUGGCGGAUCGCGGAUUGAACUUGUCUGGGAAACUCGCCAGUUAGAAUUUCGCCGAUGCCCCGAAGUUUUUCGCUGAUGUCGCCUAGCUGCGGGUCUGGGGUAGGGGCAGGUUCGGGGUUGGCAAGAGCGAAAACGGUGAAAAGGAGGAGGGAGAUGAGAAUGAAGAAACGUAUAUUGUCUUCCUUAUUGCGUUUCGAGUUUAUAUUUGGUUUGCUUUGGUUUGCGAGGCUAGGUAGCUUCUUUGGGCCUGGAGCUUGGGCUUGGAUUGAUUUCCUAAGUGGCUGGAAAGGAACUUGCUCAAUGGAACUUGAGCCGCUCUCUUAUAACUUCAUACCAAAUGGUAGUUCAUUGACUACUAAGGAGAGAGAUGGAGGCGUGAGAAAGAUGUAAAUGCUCCGAGCGGACUUACCCAAGGCUUUUACAGCUAUUCGGAUAAUGCCUAGGAGUCGGUCUCUGAAAAACCAACACAAAAUCGUUGAGCAGCUUCAUGUGAAGAUAUCCGAACGGGAAGAACCGCCCGCAGUCUAUCUCGGCAGGACAAUGCUCAUUUCUACGCUGACUUGAAUUCCUGUGGACCUCAUCCCAGCUCCCCUAAGAAAGCUACUGGUGCCCUGGCCCCUGGCCGAUGACCCAUGAUUGAUAUAACCUCUUGAACUAUCGCAACUCCAAGCCUGUUCCAAGCAGGAAAGUUGUAUGCCCAUGGAACUCUAAUUCAUUCUUCCGACCAUCGUAGCCGCGCUCGGCAUUUCCCGUUGUUUCCUGAGCUAGAGACGGAGUCUCAUGACUGUCGUCAUAUCAUCGGCAGUCUUAAAAAGCAUGCUAACGACGUGGGAACCUGCAAUACUAAAUCAUCUCGGCAUCGAUACAUAUUUCAUAUGAACUCCACCAGUUACCUUGAUAUGGGCCGGCCGCUGCGGGGAUAUAUAUUUGAUGAUAUUAGUCAGGCGGAAUGAAAAUCUUGGACGAUGGGGAACAAGCUUCCGGCGAUCAUUAUUGGGCGCGCAAUCCACUCAGUUUUGGGCAACUUCCAAAAUAAGAAAAAGCAAAUAUGCGGGGAGUGGUCGUGGAGUGGGAACAUAAAUAUCCCAGGAACUGGAAAGUUGACUCGCCAAAAAGCCACGUUUUAAGGGUGACAUCAAUAAUGAAAAGUAGCAUAUAUUUUCUCAAUCUGUGCAAUAUUUAUAAACGUCAUAGCUCAUACGCGUUUCAGACACCCCAUAUUCUCACAAUAUAAAAUCUCCCAAUUCGAAAAGACACCUCAAUUUCCCAAUUAACCCUAUGGUUGACCACAGACGGAGCUUUUAAAGUCCACGCUCUCCCAGGACCUGAGAUGGGGCGUGGAUAUCGGCUGGGGGGUUAUGAUCGACGACACUGAUCAACUUGCGGAGAGGAAGUGCUCGCACUAGCACAGCAAAGGCCCUAUUGGCUUGUUUUUGGGGUCUUGAGUCAAGUUGAAUGAACAGCAAUGAUAAGAGACUCCAACAUGCUUUAUUAUGAUGAGAUUUUGUUGAACUAUCACAAUUGAUUGAUUAUUGGAUGAUGUUGGCGAUUGAUUUUUUUUUUUUUUUUUUUUUUUU